GGCGCGGCUCCUGUGACGCAGGCGCCCAGAGCUAUUUGGGCGGGAAAAGGCGGCCGGUGGCCGGCGGUCAGGGAGAGCGGCUGUGGCUACAGCUUCGCCGAGGUCGCGGAGCAGCCUCUUCCCUGGCAUGGGGCUGCUGGAGCUGUGCGAGCAGGAGUUCGGCACCGCCGACCUCUACCAGGUGCUGGGCGUGCGGCGCGAGGCUUCGGACGGCGAGGUCCGACGCGGCUACCACAAGGUGUCCCUGCAAGUGCACCCCGACCGAGUAGAGGAGGACCAGAAAGAGAACGCCACCCGCCGCUUCCAGAUCCUGGGAAGAGUCUACGCGGUUCUGAGUGACAAGGAACAGAAAGCUGUGUACGAUGAACAGGGGACAGUGGACGAAGACUCUGCUGGCCUCAACCAAGACCGGGACUGGGAUGCAUAUUGGAGAUUACUCUUUAAAAAGAUAUCGCUAGAGGAUAUCCAAGCUUUUGAAAAGACAUACAAAGGCUCUGAAGAAGAGCUAAACGAUAUUAAGCAGGCCUAUCUGGACUUCAAGGGCGACAUGGAUCAGAUCAUGGAGUCUGUGCUUUGUGUACAAUACACAGAUGAACCCAGGAUAAGAAACAUCAUUCAAAAAGCUAUUGAAUCCAAAGAGAUUCCAUCUUACAAUGCCUUCGUCAAAGAGUCUAAACAAAAGAUGAAUGCAAGGAAAAGAAGGGCUCAGGAAGAGGCUAAGGAAGCAGAGCUGAGCAGAAAGGAGCUGGGGCUGGAAGAUGGAGCGGAGAACUUGAAAGCACUCAUCCAGAGCAGACAAAAGGAUCGGCAAAAGGAAAUGGACAGUUUUCUGGCUCAAAUGGAAGCAAAAUACUGCAAACCUUCCAAAGGAGGGAAAAGAACAGCACUCAAGAAGGAAAAGAAAUAACGGAGUUUUUCUCUUCAUGGGUCCUUAUGUGUCAGUGGUACAGUGUAGACAAGGUGAUGACAGCCAUUACUGUAACCUUUGAGAGAAGUUGUCUGUCCUGCCUAAGCCAACCAGGGUUCAUCGACCUUAUCUUAGUAGUUUCUAGAAUUCACCUAACACUGUGUGAGGGCUUCAUGUGAAGGAUGUGCAGUGGUGAUGGUUGGGAGGGUGGGUCUGACAUUUGCUUUUGUGGGCCUUGUGCCCAAAGAUCUCUAUUUAGAAUAUUGGUGUCUGUGGACUGCUCUUGCUGAUGUGCAUGCACUGAAGAGAAACACUCUCAGAACAGAGAAUAGCCUCAGAACGCUUGCUGAACAGCCAUCUUCUAAGUAAAUGCUACCGUGCUUUGUGUCUUAAUCCUACACAGAUCUUCUUUUCUUGUUCACUGUUAGGUUUUGUCUUCUGUCCUUGCAGUAGGAGACGUUGGUGUUCAUAUUAUUGCAAACUUUUUCAAAAGACUGUAUAUGCUAAAUAAAGAAAAGAAUGACAAAGG